AUGGGCAGCAGCGCGGGCGGGACGGAGCCGCGCCGGGGGGGGGGACAGCCCCGGGGCCGGGGGCGACGAGCGGCUCUCGCUGCGUGUCGGCAGGCCGGGGAAAACGGGGAGUGGGCGCUCAGGGCUGCCCGUGGGCGCUGCCUGCAGUGGGACGCGGGUGGGGAGUGCCGCCGCUCAGCCUCGCCGGAGCAGGGGGUGUGCUCGCGGACACGCCGCCCUACGCCCCCCCCCGGGCCCUGCUGGGGAGGGUGCACCAGUGGCUGCGGGGACACGCGUGGGGCGGCUCCCACGGGCAAGGCCGACGCGGGAGACUCUCCGACGGUUCGCGGGUGGGUGUGUGUGGUCAGGGAGGGAGGACGGCGGCCGCUCUCCCCCGGGGGGACCGCGGAGGGGAGACACACCACACACACACCCACCACCCCCCACCCUGCACCGCCCCGGGACCUGGCACAGCUCCCGGGGGCCUCCUGCGGGAGCUUCGCCCUGCCGAAGUCCGCGGUGCGGGGGGGGGUCCCCGGGGCGGAGGGGGCGGCAGUGCACCCCCCCCGGGGGCGGCGGGAGCGCAGCCGGCUCCGCGGCGGUCUCAGCCGCCAUUUCCAGGAGGACGGUGCCACCUAUGGAAAGCACCUGGAAUUAAUCGGGCCGGCGGGGGCCGCGCCGGGAAGCGUCGUCUCUCCGUGCGGCACCGUGGGGACGAGCCCGGGCCGCGCCCGCCGCCGCCCCUGCCGCUCCCCGUGCCCGCCCCUGGGGACCGAACCGGGGCCGCACCGGAGGGCGGCAGACGGGGUUCGACCGCUCCGGUCGGCGGGGGCCGCUGCUGUCCUUCAGCACUGCCCCCCCCCCCGGGCCCGGCUGCCCCCGGGGGGGAUCCCCCGGCGCGGAGGUUCCGCGGAGCGUGUCCCGCAGGGGACCGAGCGCUGUCGCGGUGGCUCCAUCCCGAGCCCUGGAGGAGUGAGAGCAGCGCCGGGCACCCAGACCUGGGCGGGGGGGUGGCUCGACCGGAGGAAGACGGCGGGGGGAAGGCUCCGGGGCGGGCGGAGGGCGGCGGCGGGGGCGCACUACGGCAGGGGGGGAAGCGCGGACCGCUCCGCACCCGCGCAGAGCGGUGCCCGGCGGCCGUCCCGAGGGGAGACGCCUGCCCUGGGGGACCCCCCCGGUCCUGCCUGUCCCAGCUGCCCCCCCCGGCACCCCCUGCCCGCACCCUCUCCUCGCUGCCCCCUCCCCGCUGCUGCUGUGUCCGGCAGCGCCGAGCUCCCCUCCACGGCCCCGCCAGCCCCGCCGGUCCCAGGGGAAGAGGCAGCAGCCGUGCCCGGUGCCCUCCCGGGGUCCGCCGGGCCUAAGCCGUGCCCACCGGGGCACGCUGCCUCCCCCCGCCAGCCCUGGGCGCCGGCGCCUCCGGAGGCGCUGGGGAAGCCCUGCCCGGGCCUGAAUUCGAUGUCAAACACAUCGACACGAAAACUUCCUCGCGCGGGAAUUCCUGAGCUGCCGGGAGUGGGAAGGAGCGGCCCCCGCGGGGACACCGCUGCCCGGGCACCCCCUGAGAGCUGCCCUCCCGGCACCGGGUACCCCCGCGCUCCGGACAGCGGCCGCCCCCGCGGCCCCGCCGGCAGCAGCCCCGGCGGCACCGGGGGGAUGUCGGGGGUCGGGGGCGCACGGCAGCGCGGUGUCCCGAGGGAAAGAGGUGGGAAAAGCGGGCGGCCCGGUCCCGCCGGCACCGACCCCACGCGUGACCGCAGCUCCGGGUAUGGCCCCGUCUCCGGGCCCGCCCUCGGUCCCCGGGGGGUGGGGGCCGGUCCUGCCCCGGCCGCCCCCUCCCGCGUGGGGUGCAGGUACCGCAGCCCGGGGCCGGUCGCUGCCUCCCUGCUUCGCCCGAGCUGCUCGGAAACGAAAAGGCAGCGUGCCGGCGGCCGGGCCUGCCCCCCAGCCCCGGGAAGGGCCGGGGGCCGCCGGGGGCCGCCGGGGGCCGGCGGUGCCGCGGGGUCCCCGGGUCCGCGCCCGCUCCGCCGGGACAGCCCGGCACCGGCCCGGGGGGCCGUGAAUUUACCCCGAGGCUCGUCCCGGCUCCGUUCAGCCACAGGUGGAGGGAAUCGUUUUCCCGCCCGGCUGGGGAAUGGGACCGGGCCGGGAGAAACCCGGAGCCGAACCGGGCGGCAGGGCGGAUCGGGAACCCGGGGCCGGGCGCCCUGA